UCUUUUCCCCCUCGGUAGUUCAUGUUACUGCUGUACAGGUUGCGCGUCGCCACUCUGCCAGAGUGUUCGUCUACUCUACUCCAAUAUACUCCUUGUAUUUUUGGCUCCUCUGGGGUACUGGGAGAGAGUAAUGGAUUAGUAAAAAGUUGUUUUUUUUUGGUUUGGAAUCAUGGAAUGUGGUAGGUUUUGGUCUGAAACCUAAUCUUUUGAUGCGUCUAUAGGCUACAAUGGUACUAGUAAGAAUAUCUGCUAAUCCCAAUUGAAGACAGAAGAAAAACAAAUGAUGAAUUGAUAAUCUUCGUCGGGGGUUCUCCCCGAUGCCCCUCCCCGCCGCCGCCGCCUCAUCCUCCCAUCUGACCGCCAGCCCCUCCAUUCCAACACCAGAUCCGCGCUCUCCACUCCCCGAUCUAUCCUCCCAUGGCAUUUUCGAGGCCGAUCGACACCACCUCGAGCUGCCAUCAGUGGAGGACGCCCAAGUCCAAGCUCCGAGCAAGUCGGGGCCUUUGCGGCCUGGAUAAAGAUGAGGAGUCCAUUUCUUUCGGGAAUAAAGAUAAGGAGUUCAAAAUCAAUUGGUAUAGAGUGUACAAAACAAGUGUUUUUGGAGCUUUUGCUUGUAUUGGACCAGCUGCAUAUUACCGGUUUAGGUUUAAUAAGAGGCUGUGGAGCUCCAUUACUACAGCUGAAGUUGUUAGCUCAGCAGCUCAUGAAGGUCUCUGGGCAACUAUAAAUCUUGCCACGUUCUUCCCGUUCGUGGGUUCCACGCCAAGGACUAGGAGUGUGGAGCAGGCCAAGGAAGACAUGAAGAGAGGUUUCACCCCUGCUCUAGUGCUGGGCGGAGCUGUGGUGCCAACCUUGCUGUUCACAAACUGGCGCUUCGUCCCCACGCCAUACCAGCUUCAUUGUGCCAGCUUGUUCGCCCUUGUAGGCAGCUGUUCCCUCUCAUUGAUUGACUUGAGCACCACAAGGAUGAUGGCGCAGCGUUUCUGGAAGGAUGGAACGAGUAUGGCUUGAUCUGACAUCUGCUUUUGAGCUAGUAGUAGUCAUGUGUGUAUGUUGGUACGGAUCAAACAUCUGUAAGAUCUGGUUGAUCCAUGAAGAAAACGGGUUGGCAGAAAAACUAACUCUAGUACGUAGCGGGGUUCUUCCUCGGAUGGAGCGGAGGUUGUAGGUGUGCGUGACUGGAGGUCGGGGCUUGAAGGUGGAAGGACGGCGUCGUGGCGCCGUGAUCGAGAGCAGGGGACGAGACGGGGAUUAGGGCCGGCUCCCUGAGGAAGCCGGAAACAAGAUUGUUUCUGCUUGCCUUAAUCACCAAGUAUUAGAAGAGGGUUCGUCCGUGAA